AUGCAGGACGGCCUAACUUCAACCUUGACUCACGCUGCAGCCCAGCCCAUGAGCGGAGGCUCGAAGUUCAUGAGGAGCUUUCUAAACUCGAAGUUCAGGGGUCCGAAUUAUGGAGCCAAUGUGCAUUUGAUGCGCAGGAUCAUCGCUGAGGAUGCCGAGUGGUCACUGGCCAUCGUCCCCCUGCUCACAGAUCUCUGCAUCCAGCACAUUGUCAAGAACUUCCGGAACAACCCGAUCCUGAAGCAGCUGCUCCCGGAGCACCAGGAGAAGGUCCUGCGCCAGCUGCCCCCGGACCUGCCGCUGGCCGUGACCGCCAACCUGAUUGACGACGAGAACUACUGGCAGCGCUGCUGCGAGCAGCGCUGGCCCGUGUGCCACCUGGACUGCCACGGCGGCAGCUGGAAGCGCGUGUUCUUCGAGCGGCACCUGGAGAACCUGAUCAAGCACUUCAUCCCGGACACCACGGACCCCGCCGUGAUCCUGGACCUGCUGCCGCUCUGCAGGAACUACGUGCGCCGGCUCCGCGUGGACCAGUUCCUGCCGCCCGUGCAGAUGCCGCCAACGCCGCACGACGGGGACCAGUCGGAGUCGGGCAGUGAGGGGGAGAUGGAGGAGGCCUCCAUGGACCACUACCAGCUCGGGGAGCUGGUGGCCGGCCUGAGCCAGCUGGAGGAGCUGGACCUGGUGUUCGGCAUCAAGGACUGCGGCAUGAACUUCGAGUGGAACUUCUUUCUCUUCACUUACCGCGACUGCCACUCCCUGGCGGCGACCAUUAAGGCCUGCCACACCCUUAAGAUCUUCAAGCUGACCCGAAGCAAGGUGGAUGACAACAAGGCACGCAUCCUCAUUCGCAGCCUCCUGGACCACCCGGCCCUUGAGAAGCUGGACCUGUCACACAACUGCAUCGGGGACCGUGGUGCCCGUGCAGCCGCCAAGCUGCUGAGCCACAGCCACCUGCGCGUGCUCAACCUGGCCAACAACCAGGUGCGGGCGCCCGGGGCCCAGUCGCUAGCUCACGCCCUGACGCACAACACCAGCCUCCUCUCCCUCAACCUGCGCCUCAACUGCAUCGAGGAUGAGGGUGGCCAGGCCCUGGCCCACGCCUUGCAGACCAAUAAGUGCCUCACCACGCUGCACCUCGGUGGCAACGAGCUGUCUGAGCCCACGGCCACCCUCCUCUCCCAGGUGCUCUCUGUCAAUACCACCCUCACCAAAAUCAACCUGUCCUGCAACCACAUAGGAUUGGAUGGCGGGAAGCAGCUCCUGGAAGGCAUGUCAGACAACAAGACCCUCCUGGAGUUUGACCUGCGCCUGUCCGAUGUCGCCCAGGAGAGCGAGUACCUCAUUGGCCAGGCCCUCUGUGCCAACCGCGAAGAAGCCCGCCAGCGGACCUUGAAUGUCAGCCACUCAACGGCACCACUCACUGCCAAGGGCCCUGAGAACCCUGCAGGAUAG